ACAACAACAAAUAAGAUAUUCCUUUAUUGGUCCCCAUGGGGAAAAUUAAGGUUUUGCAGCAGCACAAGUACAGAGUAAACACAGAUUAAGGUAAUAAAAUUAAAAUAAUAAAAAUGAAAUAGAAUGAAGAUAAAAAAUAAAUAUUGUAAAAUAAAAAUACAAACAAACAAGACCAAAAUAAAAAAAAACUAGUAGUGCAAACAUGUUAAAGUGGCAGUAAAUUAAAAGCCAACGUAGUCAAAUAAUCAGUUUAUCAUUGAUAACAUUUCUUAUUAUAAACAGUGAAGCACUGCCUCUCAUGGCGGUGACUAAAUUAACCAUGACGUCAGCUGAGCAGAAGUGAGUGCGUGCAGAGCGGCACGCAGUCAGCAGAGUACACUCAAACUCCCGUGUAUCUUUGCGACAUCAAUAAACUACAUAACCCACAGCUCCACGCGUUACGCAUGCGCAAUACGCCAAAAUAUUAAAAAAACAAACUACAAGUUAACGGCAGGAGGACUACAAGUUUUCGGGCACCUGCGCAGUAUCAAUCUCGAGACCUUUAAAUGUACUGUACGUGCAAAGAUGGCAGCUCAAGUCGACUUGCUCCGUGCCAAAGUAGAAGAGGAAAAGGUGAGGGACAGUCUUGAUAGGUUCAUUAGAGAGAAGAAAAAGAAGAAGAAACGGGACCUGUCGCCGUCCGCUGACAAACGGGAGAAGUCUGUGAAAGAAGCGAAGAAAGUGAAGCUCCAUCACCACCACCACAACCACCAACACGCUGAGCACCGGACACACCAGCCGCAUCAGCUGCACCAAAAUCCCAAACCCCACAAGUUCAGCGCGGAGAAACAUGUCCUGCACAGCCAUCAGCACAGCCGCCACCACCACCAUCACCACCACGACCGCAGCCUCACCAAUGGUACAAAAAAACUGCAGCCGACUUUGCCUCCUCCGCCGCCGCCGCCGCCGCGGAAGGUACCGGAGCAGCUGCAGAAGAAGCGAGCGGUGCUGCCAGAGCCACCUGCGCUCUUCACUUUCACGCCUCUCAAAAUGGUCAAGGCCAAGCCCCAGGAUUUCAAAGAAAAGCACAGGGAUAAAGACGUGAAACUGAAGCUCAAGAAGGAAAACACAGAGGCAAAUGUGAAGCACGCCGAACUGAAGAAGAAGAAGGAGCCAAGGCCCGUCAAUGGAAAUGUCAAGGCUCUAACACUGGAGGAAUAUCUACUGAAGAAGAAAAAGAAGAAGAAGAAGCACCGCGAGGAUGAGCACUGUGGCAAGAAGGUCCGAUACAUGCACAACAAAGCAGUACAGACUGUAUGUGCAGGGCUCGGAGCAGAUCUCACUCUGCCUGUCCGCCCUGAUCCGUCUCAGCCGGGCACCAUGAAGCAGGAAAGCAACCGCCAGCCUGGCAGAGACACUAUGGAAAACCACCAACCUUACCUCCACGCUCUCAAGCUCGGACACGUCCCCUUCCUCUCCCACCAAGACCACUUCAUCCGCAGCUCUUCCCUCCAGACGGGCACCUGGUGCGGGCGCUUCAUGCAUGAGGAAAGGCAAGCCAACGGUGGGGGAUCAGUUCUGCAUGCCUAUGCUGAUGAGAUAGCUUGUCUCAGCCCGGCUGAGAUGGAGUGCUUUACCCAGGAGUUUCUGGAGUUGGCCUUUGCUGAAAAGCCGAGAGGUGCAGCCUUGUACGCCUUGGCAGUGGUGCACAGUGCAGCCGCUUUCCUACCUGAUUUCCUGGACUACUUUGCCUUCAACUUCCCCAACACACACGUCAAAAUGGAGAUACUCGGCAAGAAAGACAUUGAGACAACCACGAUUGCCAACUUUCACUCUCAGGUGAGCCGGACUUACUGUUCAGGAACCUACAGGUCCGGACCCAUGAGGCAGAUCAGCUUGGUUGGAGCUGUAGAUGAGGAAGUUGGAGACUAUUUCCCAGAGUUCCUAGACAUGCUGGAGGAGUCACCCUUUCUAAAGAUGACCCUGCCGUGGGGAAGCCUCUCCAGUCUGAAGCUGGACUGUCGCUCUCAGAGUGAUGAUGGGCCUAUCAUGUGGGUGCGACCAGGGGAACAAAUGGUGCCGACUGCUGACAUGCCCAAGUCUCCAUUCAAAAGACGCAGGUCCAUGAAUGAGAUAAAAAAUCUACACUACCUGCCAAGGGCCAGUGAACCAAGAGAGGUUCUGUUUGAGGACAGGACCAAGGCCCACGCCGACCAUGUAGGUCAGAGUUUUGAUUGGCAGAGCACUGCUGCUGUGGGGGUUCUGAAGGCAGUGCACUUCGGAGAAUGGAAUAACCGUCCUCGCAUAACCAAAGAUGUAGUGUGUUUCCAGGCUGGGGACUUCAAUGAAGUUGUGCAGAGGCUGCAGCUGGAUCUGUAUGAGCCCCCGGUGUCCCAGUGUGUCCAGUGGGUAGACGAUGCCAAGCUCAACCAGCUGAGGAGGGAAGGCAUCCGCUACGUCCGCGUCCAGCUCUGUGACGACGACAUUUAUUUCAUCCCAAGGAACGUCAUCCACCAGUUUAAGACGGUGUCUGCAGUCUGCAGCCUGGCCUGGCAUAUCCGCCUCAAACAGUACCAUCCAGAGGGCAAGGACAAGGAGGAGGAGGAGCAGCGGCCUAAUGAUCCGAGCCCCACCUCAGGGCGAUUCUCUUUUUCCUCUCCUGUGAGGCCUGACGCAACGGUAACCCCCUGUGCAAGACCACAGGGAGACAACAUCCAAGGUGGUGUAGCCAAGAUGGAAGAACCAGAGUUCCAGAGGCCAGCAACACCUCCCCAGGAGCCUCAGCCAGCCCCUCCACAGCCCACCAAAUCUGCUCACUUGCCCCCAAGAUACCAGGAUCCCCACAUCUCCUUGAAACCAGUCCACUCUGGGUGUACACCUUCAAAAGAGCCCACACUUCCUAAAGCUGUCGGCCAGACUGCAGCUUUCCCUAAAUGACCUUCCCCCCUCCCCACAAUCUCUCUUUCUGGAGUGAAUGUGGAGGAAUUGUAGACAAAAACUGACAUCUGUGUCAAUCAGGAAGCCUAUAAAUUAUUCUUCACCUUUUUUAAAAUCUUUAAAUAUUGGUAAAAUGUUCCUGUAUGUUUUUUCAGCCAAAGGGACUUAAUGGGACAAAAAAACAAAACACAUUUUGUUCUUUUUUUUAUUUGAUAGCUCCUUAACUGGAAGUCUUUACUAUCUCAUUAAAAAGGUGUGUAUCAUGUAAAGAAGCUUUUUUUAAAAGACUGACAAUAUGAGUUGCCACGCUUACUGCAAUUUAUGUUCAAGGCUCCGAUGUUUAUUUUUUAGACAAUUAUUUCAUGGAAGUCUCCUGCAGUUGGAAUGAUUGUUUACACACAUAAUAUAUGAUUACUCUGGAAGCAUGAUACAUAUAUACAGUAUAUAUACUCUUUUAUACAUUUCAGAGACAGAGGCAUAUAGAUGAACCUCAUCUAAAAGAUACAGUGGACUUAGCUUCAUAGAUUGAGGACAUUGUCACUCUGUAAUGAAUGCCAUUUGAAUGAAAAGCUCACACAUAUUGGGAAAAAAGUUGUCUUUUUUUAUAAUAUAUUUUACUUUUAUCUGAUUGAAUUACAAGUAUUUAACACUUUUCAGCUUUAUAAGUUGCAGUUUGCCCAAUUCUUUAUUUAAACAUUUUAUACAUUGCCCUUUUUCUCGCUGUUAAUACUGUUUUUGAUAUUUUAUUUAUUUUCUUAAGACUGAGCUCAACAUAUGAACACAGGUUUAUAACCAGUGAUGAUCAUUUAACAUUAUUAUCUAACUGUAGGAGCACCUCUAAAUGAUGAAAGAGUACGACUAUUGCUCAUAGCAUUAAUGUCUGAAUCUUUUCUUCAGGUGUGGAGUAUGUCAUCAGUACUUGGUAUGUAAAUAUUAUGUUAUAGCUGGGAAUAUGUGAAUGCUGUCGGUGCACUUGAGUCAUUUUGUACUUGAUUUAAAUUUAUUAUCACUGCUUCGUUUUAGCUGGUAAUGUCACUUGGGUGUUGCAGGCACCGUUAGAGGGUUACUGUUGUUUUAUGUGUAAUUGUGUGAAUUUAUGCUGCAAAUGAAAUGCUUAAAUAUGAAAUUAGUCAAACUAAACUGUUCUGCAGUAUGACAGAUGUAAGAGAUCUUUGGCUUCUUUCAAAAAGAUCGGUCCUAGAAUAUCUUUUUUGACCAAAAUUUCUGAUCAGAGUAUGAGAUUUACAUGUGAACCUCACAGAGGCCUUCAUUCUGUAGUGAUGAUGUGAUACUGCCUUCUCUACUAUUGACUGCAUCUUUGUGCCUUGUACUGUACAUGGUUAGCCUCCAUACAAACUGUGAGGUUCAUGAGUUGAUGAAUAGAACGUUAAAAUGGGCAAACAGCCAUAUUGCAUCUUGUUUUUGUUUAAUUUUACUAUUUAUAAAAAAAAAAUAACACUCACAUAAUGCUUUUUGAUUUCAACAUCUGCGUGACACCAGGAAGAAACGAUAAGUACAUUAUGGAGUCAUACAUACCAUAUCACAUUCAGGAAGCAGAAUGAUUAUUUAUGUUUUUAUGGCUGUCAUAGGGUCUUGACUUACUAGCUCAAUGUAGAAAUAAGUUGAUAACAAAUUGUUGUCAUAAUUGUUGUGAUGCUGUGUGUUCUAGCACCAAUGAUCGAUGUUAUUAAUGUUUGUACCGAGACAUUUUUAAUAAUUUUUCGUCAGUUUCCUGUAUGAUAAGUUGCAGACAGAGAUCUGGUACCAAUAUGUUUCAGUCUUGUUAAGUAGGAAAAAACAUGAGAAUGCAUAGACUUUCUAUAUUUUUUAAUAAAUAAUUUUGUGUGAAACCA